AUUAGGGCUCGCUCGCGGACCCACUACAAACCCGUCCCGAAGAACAGCAAUCCAUUUGGUGGAUGUUGACGAGCCAGCAAAAGCUGGACCCAAAAAAGAUGGAGCUGCGGGGAAUCGAACCCCGGACCUCUCCCAUGCUAAGGGAAUAUUAUACCACUAAACCACAGCCCCAAUUGAUGUUCAACUGCUGCGCAAAAAUGACUUGCAACCGCCGCGUUCCGGUCAGCUACAACUGCCAUCUUCCGGUCCACCAAUUGUAGCCCGUUGUUGUCAAUCUUAAUGGUGGGAUGUAUG